GGUAUGUCCCAAAAGUGUACCCGGCAUUGCACAAAACAGGCUUGAGGGAGAGUACUGGAACUGACAACAAAGCGUGCGGUGGGAAAAUCCGGGUUACAAGAUCCUGCUCCCAUUGGACGUCGGAUUCCGUACCUUCCGAGUAUGAGCGCUGAGCUGCGUCUGUACAACAAACCUAACAGUUCCAGCCAAGCAAACUCACCAAAAUGAAGGCCAUCACAGUAUUCUCCAUCCUUGCGUUGCUCUUGCUUGAGCUUCACGGACUUCCCGGGUCAGAGGGGCGGCAUCGGCGCGGGAAGAAGAAGGAGUGUCGUGACCCGCCCAGGAGCGCUCUCCGCAGGAAGUUACGCUUCUUCAACGGUUACAAGGAGAGUCCGUUCAUCAGGCCGCUGCAGAAGAUACGCCAUCAGGUGAAGAACGCCACCAGGCACCGUAACCCGUGCAAGGCGUACACCAAGAGCACGGACGUACAUCACAGGUCUUCCAGUCCAUGGAACUACAGGAUAGACUACGACCCCAAGAGAUUUCCCGAUGAGCUAGCCGUAGCAGAGUGCCUGUGUCGCGGAUGUCUGAUCCACGGGUUUGAGGACUUCACCAUGCAGAGUCAGCCGGUAACCACCAAGAUACAGGUGCUCCGCAGUACCGGGCGCUGUGAUUGGCGAGGAUUCUUCUCGUACAGGUUCCACUGGGAAGACGUGCCGAUCGCCUGUACGUGCGUGCGCCCAGAACCGGCCGUGGACAUGCAGGACAACGAUGUUUACGAGGACUAUGAAGAAUACGAGUACGACUGACAAAAGCGGUAAAAUAUAUGGCACAUGAAUAUAAAGCUUGAGUUCUAUGGGGUGAACUCCAUAACACACUGCCAACCUGUUACAGCAACGUAAGGUUUGAACAGCGUGAGAUCUGGACAAAAAUGUUUCUACCUGUCAGUGUCAAGUGAGAUAAUAUGUUCACAAAGACAUGUAAGCCGGAAUGAAGCCAAGGUGUGUGUGUGAGUGUGAUCACACAAUAAAACAAUUUCUACACAGACUACUAACACAGCACUGUUUAACAUUUAGGGGUGGAUACUGGUUCGCGUCCAGGUUUACGUCCGAAGGUUUACCUACUUAAGGUUUGGACCUGAAUCUUAUUUUGUCAAAUUAAGAUGUUUGUUUUUGUUAAACCAUUAUUGAUAAUUGAAUGUUGCACCUAUUUUUGGGACUUUUUUGUAAGUGACUAACAAGUAGCAACAACUUUUUUAAGUGAUUAUUUUGGACUUGUUUCUGAAUCAUUACUCUCAGUUUUUUUCUGGGUUUGAUUCUUUGAUACUGUAUCAAGUCCAGCAAACCAGUAUAUCCACCCUUAUUAACAUUACAUAGACCACAUGGACUUGAUCAUAAUUAUAUGGAUGAUAUCUGCAUGCACAUCAGUUUGUGUUAAACCAUAACAAAAAUUAUUCAGGAAAUAUGUGCCAUGAAUUGUAUAAAAUAGAAGAAAACUUUGUUUAAGUCUACAAGAAAAGUUAGAAUGAAUUUAUUGUCUAAUACACAAUGUACAUUAUGUUCUGUAUUGUGUCCAGUCUUUUGUUCAACCUUCCUGACCACAUAGAUUUCAUAAUGAUUCGGCAACUUUUUUGGGGGGGCUCUUACUUCUUUCUUUUCUAGCAUUAUCAAAUUAGUUUUGAGGAGCCCAAAGGACGUCAACCAUUUUAUCAAAUCAACAUUUAAUAUCAUAACAAUUCAUUGUAAAUAUGUCAAUUUGCACAAGGCAGAGAAACUGGAAAAUAAGCAAAUUUACCAUGAGUAUUGAAGAUUGAUAGAUUAUGAUUUUUACAAAUUUAUUGCAAAUGGUCAGUAUUUAAUGCAAGAGAAAAAUUCGAACGAUUUUUGAAUAUAUUUUGCAGUUACAAUGACUGUAUGUAGAUAUUGAUAUGCAGGAUUAUUUGAACACUUGCUAUGAGCAUUAUUUGAUUGAAUAAAGUCAUGUGUUAGAAAAGAAA